CGCAAACAACAACUUCAGUUCACCCUCAACGAUCCCAACCUGCCCACCUCCGAUUUUGGGUGGUGAUUUGCUUUGAUCGGAAUUUUGAGGGCUACGCGACACGGAUCCUUGUGCUGGGGAAGUUCGAAAUUACGGGACUUUAUCGUUAAAGAUAACUGGUUGCGGCUUUCCGUCUUCAUUUCAAGGAAUUGAGGAUCGAGGGUUAGGAUUAGGAUUGGGACGGAAGAUCGCUAUGGCUGCUUCUGAAUUGGCUGUUGCGAAGAAGAAGGAGGGGAAGGACAAGGUCAAGGAGGUGAAGGAUAAGGAAGAGAAGAAGGAGAAGAAGAAGGACAAGAAAUCCAAGAAGGAAAAGGAGGACAAGGACGAAAAGAAGGAGAAGAAGAAGGAGAAGGAGAAGAAGGACAAGAAGUCCACGAAGGCCACGAAAACCAGCACGGACGAGCGCGACGACUCCGUGAGCGAGAAAGCCGACACGAAAAAGCAAUCGAAGAAACGACGUCUGGAAGAAGGUGAUGAUGACGACGACAACGAGGCGAAUGCUACCACCAAGGGCAAAUCGGCUGCGGAUGAAGAGCGGAAACAGAAGAAACAGAAGAAGAGGGUCUCGUUCUCGGCGGACGUGAAGUUGGAGGAUGGCAGCGGAGACUCCGAGGCGGAGGAUAUGGAGGUCGAUGAAUCGGAACAACAACAGCAGCAGCAGCAGCAACAGCAGUUAGAGGCAAACGGCGCUGCGGAGGAGAUGGAUUAUGAAGGAGAUGGGGAGGAGAAGAAGAAAAAGAAGAAGGAAAAGAAGAAGAAGAACAAGGACAAGGAUCACAAAUCCGCCGCUACGGCUGCUGACGCCAAAAUCCACGAGACGCCCAUCCUCUCCUACCUCAGUCUUUAUCACAACCACCGGUCGGCGUGGAAGUUUCAAAAGAACCGCGAGACGCACCUGUUCAAGCAUGUGCUGUCGCUGGAGCAGGUCCCCGCGCAGUAUAAUGCGGCGCUCUUGGCGUAUCUGCAGGGGUUGAAGAGUGAGGGUGCCAAGCUGCGCUUGAAGGAGAUUGCGGAAGAGGUUGUCAAGGCCGAUGUGGAGGUGGAGGAGCAGGAAGAGGAGGAAAAGAAGAACAAGUCGACGACGACGACGACGACGACGACGCAAGCUGAGGAGGAUAAGACGAAAGGAGCUGAGGAGAGCACUGAUGUGGCUCCUGAGCCUAGUUACAAAAAGGCCGUCGCCUCGUUCCGGACGCUUCUGUCGGAGGGCAAAGAGAACCUUGAAGGUCUGGAAGGCACCGAGGGCCUUGACGCUACGCAACUACAGAGGCUGCAGAAGAGACAGCGCGCUGAGCUCAUCCUCUGGGCUGUCACCGGUGCCCUGUUCAAUCUCGAGAAGCCCAAGCUUCCCCCACGGAUGGCGAAGAAGAACCAAACGCCGGCCAAAAAGAAGAAGAAGAACAGAACCGCUAUCAUCGAGAUCUCCAGCAGCAGCGAGAGCGACAGCGACAGUGACAGUGACAGCGACAACGAUGACAAGAAAAAGACCAAGAGUCCGGCCAAGAAAGAUUCAUCCUCGGACGUGAGCAGCAGCAGCAGCAGCAGUGAUAGUGAUAGUGAUUAGUCACUUGAUGCUGCAUGUUGUUGUUGUUCAACCUGAAUUGUACAGACUGGUCUCUGUGCUUCGCUGCUUCAUGUGCAUGACAAUUCAAUUCCGUCCACAUCUGGUGGCUAUCAUAGCUCUAUAAUUUUGAGCUCAAAAGUUCUAGAUACCUGGUUCAACCAUACAAAAGCGGUCUUUUGUCGGAUCUACGGUGUUGUGUUUCUUCUUUUGUG